AAGGGGAGAUGGAGGGAACUGGCCCAGGUAGAGGCCUGGAGAUCAGUGAGGAAUCCAGAAAAAUGUACUGUUAGUUGAGGUGAGUGAGGCCUGAAAUCUUUGUAAGGAGCUGAUUAUUAAGCAAGGUAGAGGAGGGUGGUGAAGAGCAGGUCUCGAUGGGGAAGGAAAGCUCAGGGAAGGAAUGAUUCUAGUUCUGAUAAGGAGAAAGGCUUUGGGGUUCAUUUAUUGAGUAACUGCUCUGGGCAGGCACUGUUCUGCAUCUGGGAACACAGCUGUGAACACUGGAAAGGAUAAAACAUAACUAACCAUCAAAUUACUAUACAAGUUUAAAGUGUACUGAAAUACACUUCAGAUGGUGAUAACUGCCACAGAGAACAAUAACUCAGGGAAGGAAAGAUUGUGAUGGAAGGAGGAGAGAAGGUUUACUAUUUUUUAAAGAGUGUGUUAGGGAGACUUUCUUUUUUUUUAAUGCUCCCUUUAACAUGGUAGAUAGGCUUUUUUUUUUUUGAGACAGAGUCACUCUGUUACUUGGGUAGAGUGCUAUGGCAUCAUAGCUCACAGCAACCUCAGACUUUGGUCUCAAGUGAUCCUCCUGCCUUAGCCUCCUGAGUAGCUGGGAUUAUAGGUGUGUACCACCACACCCAGCUAGUUUUUCUUUUCUUUUCUUUCUUUCUUUUUUUUAGUAGAGAUAGGGUCUCACUCUUGUUCAGGCUGGUCUUAAACUCCUGAGCUCAAGCAAUCCUCCUGCCUCAGCCUACCAGAAGGCUGGGAUUACAGGCUUGAGUCACCUCACCCAGGCAAGCCUUUUCUACUAAGACGGUAUUUAUGCAGAGAUUUGAAGAAAGAGAGAGAGUAAUCUACGCCAUUAAUUUGAGACAGAGGACAUGCUCAUUUUGAUAUGCCUGUUAAAAAAAAGUUGCAUUGAAACUGACAACACUAAAGUUUAUGAAGAAGUCUAAGCUAGUAUUUGGAUGAGAUCACCUACGGAGAAGAGGAGAGAAGUUCCCAUAAACAAGCCCUGGGACAUUCCACUGUUAAAGGUCAGGGAGAUGGGGAUGACCAGCAAGGGAAACCAAGAAGGAACAGCUAGUGAGGUAGAAGGAGAACCAAGUUUGAGUGUGUUUGGAAAGUCAAAUAGAGGGGGUGUUUUCAGGUGAAGCGAUUAACUCUGUCAGGUGCUGCUGAUCAAUAUUAAAGUCAUUGGUGACCUUGAUCAGUUCAAUUUGGAUGGAGUGCAGGGAACAAAAGCCUAAUUGGAGUGGAUUUAAGAGACAAUAGGAAAAAAAGGAAUUGGAGAUGGGUAUAAUAUAAAUGACUCUUACUGCUGCAAUAAGGAGCAGAUGGAAGGAGCUGCAGAGUGACUAUAGCUGGAUGAGUGUGGGUUCAAGUGAGGGUUUUAUUUUGUUUCUUUAAGAUGGAGAAAUAAAAGCAUAUGUUUAUGCUGAUGGAAAGACUCCAGUAGAGAGAAAGAGACUGAUGAUAUAGGAGAAAAGAGAAAUGUUGGAAAUUGCAUCCCUGGGCAGGCAAGGAAGCUUAGAGGCUGGAGUCUCCAGUCAGUCUCUGGGGAGAGACUGGAUUGGCCUGAGCCCUGGCACAGAGUCAGGGGUUGAGUGCCCUGACACUGGCCCAAGAAGAUGCCUCAGAUAGGGGACAGGCCUGGAUUUGUUGAAGUUACCCUCUGCUCCCAAAAGCAGGUUUUAAUUUGGAUUUGAACAAAUAGCCUAGAGGAGAGAGGGCAUUCCCAGGAGGCUAGCAUAAGCAAGGGGUACUCAGGGAUUCAAAUAGACUGACGCCAAAUGGUCAGGAGGAUGUGGGUGGAGCCAAGUGGGAGGGGAGUGGUGGGACUGAGAAGACACCAUGGGCAGAAAGCAGCCCUGAGGACCCCCAUCUAUUAUCAUCCAGGCAAGUGAAUACUGCAUUGUACCAGCUUCCAGACGAGGUGGAUAUAUAAAACUCUUGCUUUCUGCUUGGGUGAGCUUGCUGGUAGGAAUGGACACUGCAGCCACCCAGACCCCUGGCAGCAGAACCUAGAGGUCAGCUGAGUGGGGAGUUGGAGUGACCUGGCUGGAUGUGACCCCCAAGACAGAAUGGUGCUGGACUCAGGGGAUCAGGCAUAUGAGCAGGCACCCCCCAGCCCGCCUGGCAGUCCCUCAUCUCUGCACCAUAGGCUGAAGCCCUCAGACCAAGAUGUGCCACCGAGGUACCCCUGGCCUCCAUCCCUGGCCUUGCCCCUGGCUCUGGCAGUCCCCUCAGCACUGCAGCCCCAGCCUGAGCGACAGCCCUCCUCAAAGCUGCACUUGGGCCACCGUAGCCACAUGCGUCGCAGUGAAAGCACCUACACUGUAAAUAGUACGGGCCAGCAGAGGUGUGGCACCCAGCGACGGGCUCUGUCUGGACAAGGACGGAAGCCAGGUGGGGGCACCCUGCGGUCUGCAGCAUCCCUGCCUCACAUUGCUAAGACUCGAAGGGAUGGAGGUCAUGGUACCAGCAAGAGCCCCUGCAUGUUAGUGGCCCUGCGACCAAUCAACAUGGACCAUGAACGGGACAAGUUCUUUCAGUCCCAUUACACCUACAACCCACAGUUUGAGUACCAGGAGCCCAUGCCCACGGCUGUACUGGAGAAGUACUGUGAGGCCUCUGGACAGUUCAUCCAUCAGGCAGUUGGCAUCAUUGAAGCUGUUCUGGAGAAGUUUGGUACCUAUGAACACUUUGAGGCUGCUACUGGGGGCCAGCUGCUGACCAAGUGCCAGAUUUGGUCCAUUGUGCGCAAAUACAUGCAAAAGGAGGGCUGCGUUGGGGAGGUUGUGGUGCAGCUGAGUGAGGACCUCCUGUCCCAGGCAGUCAUGAUGGUGGAGAACAGCCGACCCACACUGGCCAUCAAUCUGACUGGAGCCCGCCAGUAUUGGUUGGAAGGGAUGCUGCGGCAUGAGAUAGGCACCCACUACCUGCGAGGCGUGAACAAUUCGCGACAGCCGUGGCACAGCGCCGAGGGCCGGCUGCGGUACGGGCUGCGCCCAGCUAACCCCACGGAGGAGGGCCUGGCCAGCCUGCACAGCGUGCUGUUCCGCAAGCAGCCCUUCCUGUGGCGCGCCGCCCUGCUGUACUACACCAUCCACCGCGCCGCGCGCAUGUCUUUCCCACAGCUCUUCCAGGAUCUGGCGCGCUACGUGCAGGACGCAGACGUGCGCUGGGAGUACUGCGUGCGCGCCAAGCGCGGCCAGACCGACACCUCAAAGCCGGGCUGCUUCAGCAAGGACCAGGUGUACCUGGACGGCAUCGUGCGCAUUCUGCGACACCGCGAGACCAUCGACUUCCCGCUGCUGACCUCGCUGGGCAAGGUGUCCUAUGAGGAUGUGGACCACCUGCGGCCCCAUGGGGUGCUGGAUAAAACCCGGGUACCCCACUUCAUGCAAGACUUGGCACGCUACCGGCAGCAGCUGGAGCACAUCAUGACCACCAACCGGCUGGAUGAGGCAGAGCUGGGCCGCCUGCUGCCGGACUGAUGUUGGUUGAGGGCUACAGAUAGAGGCCCCAGAAAGAGGGCUCCAGAUCAGCCCCCAGAACAUGAAGCUGUCUGCUCUGUUCAUCCAUGGCCUGGGUGUUUCUUGGGGGCAUUGGGAGGGCAGAAGCGUUCCAAGAUGAGGAGUGGCAACAUCUGAGGGUUUCUGUCAUGCCUAGCAUGUUGGGCAAACUGAGUUGCCCUUCGGCCUCCAGCUCUCUGUUGAGCAGAGGGGAAGUCUGGGGGUAGGAGGAGAGCUGAGCAUUGAGGGGGAUGGGGGGAGGUUUGGGAGUAGAAACUUGUUCUUGCAUGGAAUGUUUUUGGGUGCUCGGGUACUCCAGUCUCUCCCUUCCCCUACCUGGCCCCUUGGUGCUCCUUCAGCAUUCAUGCUGUCUACCUCUUACUGGGUCCUGGUGGAGGUUGGGAUCCCUGGGGUGAUUGCCUGAGCCUAGAGUCUUGGCUUCACACAGGUUCAAGGGGCUGGGUCCUGGUAGUAGAGACCCAGCUGGACUGGGCUGUGCUUAAGCAUUUGGUUCUCCCACCAAAUAUGGUCAUGUAUUUAUUCCAUAUUUAUGUACUCUACUUCCUGAGGCUGGGAGGCAGCAGCUUCUGAAGGUUUUUUUUUUUUUCCCUUGGUGUCACAGCUCACAGCAACCUCCAACUCCUGGGCUUAGGCGAUUCUCUUGCCUCAGCCUCCUGGGUAGCUGGGACUACAGGUGCCCACCACAACACCUGGCUAUUUUUUUUUUUGUUGCAGUUUGGCUGGGGCUGGGUUCGAGCCCACCACCCUCGGUAUAUGGGGCUAGUGCCCUACCCACUGAGCCACAGGAGCCGCCAGCUUCUGAAGGUUUGAUGGAGGGAAUAGGACACUCCUAGUCCUACUCUCAUUUUACACACACACACACACACACAAAUGCAGGCCUUGUGAGUCAAGCCCAAGAGCUCACCUGGCCCUAUCCCUAUUCUCUCUGCUGUUCUUGUUUUCACCAGCAUGCUCACAGCUGGUCUCUGGCAGAGGUUGGCAUAGCCUGGAAGCAGCCACAAUCGAGCCUGAGGGGCAGGCCCCCAAGGCCCUAGCCCCUCUGGGACCAGAGAGGUGCAGAGGUGGUUGAUGCUUCCAGUUUCACUUCUGACUCAGCUAUGUGCAGUUGAUCCAGUGUCACUCUUACCCUUGGCCUUAGUUUUCUCAUCUGUAAAACUCAGAAAUGCGGUUGGAAAAUCUUUAUUCAUUUAGCCAAUGAGUAUGUAUAGAGCACCUUCUGUGUGCCAGUUACUAGUCAGAAUCCUCACUGAGCUACCAGUCCAGAGGGAAGCCAGUCAAUUAAAACAGGAAUGACAAUGAUGUGUGUGGCCUCUGUUUACCUAAGAUCCCUUCCCCUUCCCCUUCUCUAAUCUCAGCUUCAUGUUCUAGGGUCUAAUCUGGAGCUCUCUUUCUGGAGGGAGCUCUAAGCCCUCCCUAAGUGGAGAAAAGUUUCCUUUCCCUUGCUCUCUGCAUCAAGCCCAGGGGCUUCCAUGAAGUUCAGCAGGUGCCU